AUGGCCUCAACCCGCUUCAAGCCCAGACGGCCGUACAAGCUCCUCAAAAGGGCUUCCCGCAUCGAGCGGCUCGUCACGAUGGACGCCAUACCCGAGUGGCAGCUCAAAGCGACGUUGACGUACGUUGUCGACCAAGGUGUCCCCACAAGUCAGUCUGCAUCCGCUCUUGACACUGGCUCCAGUAUGGUUCACCAACACGCAAUCACAGUGCCGACCUCUACCUCGAGGCUUCUCAUGACCGAGCAGGAGAGCACCGUCGACGAGUUCAUGCUCAAGCUCAACGAGAGGUGCAACACGCGAGCCGCCUAUUGUCGGAGGAUGGCAAGUCAGUUCAUGGAUGGCCCUGAUAACGACGUCUUCGACGUUCCGCGUGGUGUGGCUCACCUGAAGAUGGUCCUGUUGCGACAGGUCUCGCAUGAAGCCCGAUACUUUCAUCAUCCGAGGCUUCUAGUGGAGGGUCGCUGGAACUCGAUCCAUCAACAGCUCGAAGCCAACCGUCAGCACAUCAAGAGUUUUAAGACGUUCGUUACUUCUCGCCGCGCUUUGCAACUUGCAAGGAAGAACGAAGACCAGUUCUUUUCCGAUGCACUCCUCAAUGCCCAUUUCGAUGGCUUUGAGCAGCACGAAACCCAAGAUCCGGCUGCUGUUCUCCCCUCCUCUCCGCCUCGGGCUGCUCUUCGCUCGGAUGACGCUGUCAAGCGUGUACUACGGCCCCGCCGAAGGUUGCUCCAUCGUACAGAAUGGCUCUGCGUGGCAACCCCAAUUCUUGUCCUUCGAAUGUCGGCAAGUGCUCUUGCAAGGGCAAAAAGAAGGCCUCGAGCAAUAGGCUAG